GCGCUGGAGUCGGGCUCCAUCUCGGGCUGAGAAAGCAGCGGCAGCGGCGAGGGUCGGAGUGUCCGAGCCCGAGUCUGCGAGCAACUUGUGUCCGAGCCCGGGUCCGAGUCCUGCCCGCCUCCGUGUGCGAGUGGCCAGCGUCGGACGCGAUGACUCUGAAUGGCGGCAGCAGUGGCGCAGGCGGGAGCCGCGGCGGAGGCCGAGAGCGCGAGCGCCGUCGGGGCAGCACACCGUGGGGCCCCGCGCCGCCACUGCACCGCCGAAGCAUGCCCGUGGACGAGCGCGACCUGCAGGCGGCCCUGGCUCCCGGCGCCCUGACAGCGGCCGCGGCCGGGACCCGGACCGAGGGUCCGAGGCUGGACUGGCCGGAGGGCUCCUCCGACUCGCUUAGCUCCGGGGGCAGCGACUCAGACGAGAGCGUCUACAAGGUGCUGCUGCUGGGGGCACCUGGCGUUGGCAAGAGCGCUCUGGCGCGCAUCUUCGGUGGCGUCGAAGACGGACCUGAGGCAGAGGCCGCAGGGCGUACAUACAAUCGCUCCAUCAUGGUGGACGGAGAAGAGGCAUCACUUACGGUCUAUGACAUUUGCGAGCAGGAUGGGGACCGUUGGAUGCCCGGUCACUGCAUGGCCACGGGGGAUGCAUAUGUCAUCGUGUACUCAGUGACGGACAAGGGCAGCUUUGAGAAGGCCUCAGAGCUGCGGGUCCAGCUGCGGCGGGUGCGGCAGGCAGACGAUGUUCCCAUCAUCCUCGUGGGCAACAAGAGCGACCUGGUGCGCUCUCGUGAGGUCUCCGUGGAUGAGGGCCGGGCCUGCGCCGUGGUCUUUGACUGCAAAUUCAUCGAGACGUCGGCGGCGCUGCACCACAACGUCCAGGCGCUGUUCGAGGGCAUCGUGCGCCAGAUACGCCUGCGCAGGGACAGCAAAGAGACAAAUGCCCGGCGGCAAGCUGGCACCCGGCGGCGGGAGAGCCUCGGCAAGAAGGCCAAGCGCUUCCUGGGCCGCAUCGUGGCCCGCAACAGCCGCAAGAUGGCCUUUCGCGCCAAGUCCAAAUCCUGCCACGACCUCUCGGUCCUCUAGGCCCCACAAGCACUCCCUGCAGUGGGCAGACAGAUAGGCGGGUUGGUGGGCUGGCCCAGCCUCUGGACCCUUUGGAGCUGCCAGCACUGCCACCUCACAGUCAUGGACAGACAGACGGCGCUGCCUGGGGCGGUGGUGCUGGUGGCCGUGGGAGCUAGGCCCACAAUGAUGUGUGUGCUGGCCCAUGUGCAUCCCAAGGCAGAAGCCAGAGCCCAGCCUGUGCAGCAGGCCUGUGCGAGGGUGAAGACUCUGACUUCCCAUCUUUCUCCACACCCUGGAGGGAGGGAGGGACGCUGUUCAGUGUGGUGGCUAUUUGUUUACAUGCAGGUUUUUAUAAUAAAGAUUUUUUUCUGGAUAGGUCAGGGC